ACGUGCAGGCUCUGCCAGCAAAAUGAACAACGUAAUGAUUGACUUCGGGCGUGCGAUGAUGGCAAAGGAUGGCUAUGGUCUUGCAAGCACACUGUCACCAGUUGCCCCCAAGCAUGAUAGUGGUCGCUUGUAUGCCCUGCACAGAGAAUCGAAUGCUUUCAGCGUCCAGUCAGACUUUCGUCAUGCUCUCUCGCAUAAUCCAGUUUGCAAAUUGGAGAGAGAAGAGAUCAAUCCCUGGACAGAUGUCUUUGUCGCAUACUGGAAGGCUGUCGGCGAGAUUCUCAUUGCCGAAGAAUCACUCAAUCUAGGAAAGAAUGUCUCCAAAUCACAGAGCAAGGUCGCCAACUGGGAUAAAGUUUACAAUGCUUGGAAGGAUCUUCUCAACGCACUUUUGAGAGGCUACCAGAUUGAAGUUUUCGAUGCCUGGACGAUUCCUUGUCUCUACCUUGUGGGCAAGUUCUUGCGUGUUUUCGCUAUCAAAGCCGAUGAAGCUGCUUUCCAAAAGGGACAGACGUCCUUUAACGCUUUCGAGGAGGACGUUGGCGAUGCAGCAGGAGGAAACGAGAAGCUUGAGGAUGCUGCGCGUCAGAUCAACAGAGUCUUCAGUCUUUGUAUUGGUGACAGAUCCCCUAUCGAGACUUCUCGCAAAUGGGGUGCUUACUACAUUGCGAACCUGCAGUUCAAAACAUACUUCAAGGUGAUAAUAUNNCUAAAUUCGAUUGCUCUUUCGGCGAAUGUCAUCCGAUCGCUCUCAGCGACGAACACUGACUUGCCUCCACUCGAUCGUUUCCCUCGCUCGCAGCAGGUCACCUACAACUACUACCUUGGCGUUCUCAAAUUUUUGCAUGAGGAUUACGCAAAAGCCGAGGAACACCUAACUAUUGCCUACAACAAAGCAUUGACGGGCUCCACUCGCAAUAUCAGGCUGAUCUUGACGUAUCUCAUCCCGACCNAGGCUCAUCACCGCGCACGUUCUACCUACUCAGGCAAUGUUAGCACCGUACCCUGGUCUGCAACGCCUUUUGCUCCACUCUGUGUCUGCAUCAAGAAGGGUGAUCUGGCAGGUUUUGAUGCUGCUCUCCAAGCUGGAGAAGACGAGUUUGUCAAACGCAGAGUGUACCUCACCCUUGAACGUGGUCGAGAUAUAUGCCUUCGCAAUCUCGUCAGAAAGGUCUAUCUCGCUGGCGAGCUUGAAGCACCAAAAGAGGGCCAGGAUGGAGCAGAGGCAGUACGAAGAAGUCGUAUUCCUCUGAAAGAAUUUGCAGCUGCCUUGAGACUUGGUGGAGAGACCGAGCUCGAGGGUGAUGAAGUCGAAUGUCUGCUUGCCAACCUGGUCUACAAGGGCAUGAUGAAAGGAUACAUUUCACGAGCUCAUGGAAUGGUCGUGCUCAACAAGAAGGGCGCGUUUCCCGGUACCGGUGUG